AUGAUUAGGGAUAUUGAGGCGAAAAAGCAAAACUGUUUUGAGGAGUGGGAUAGGAAAAGGGAUAGUAGUAGUAGAAGGAAGAUAUCGAUGAGGACUAUUAAUGUUGAUAUCACACUGCUGUCUGAGAAGCUUUUUGAUAAUUUUUUGGAUACGGAGAGUUCGUAUUUUGAGUGUGAGAUUGAGGUGAUUAGUCUGAACAUGUUUUCGAUUCCAAGGACGAUGACGAUAAAAGGUAGGAUUUGGAAGGGGAUAUGGGAUAUGCUAAAGUCAUUGAACAAGUAUGAGGUUAUUGUUGUUGCAGACAAGAUGGAAAGGAGGAUUUCUACGACAAAGGCUAUUAGGAGACCAGUUCUUGAUUUGACAGAAUGGACGUUGGAUAGGGAGAUGAGAAAGUAG